AUGCCUAAAGUAGACCAGAAGCGCUGCUGUGCUUUGACCUGCUCAGUGCGACCCAAUUCUGGCCAGAAGACGCGCCUUACAUCAUGCAUAGGCCUAGCAUGUUUACGUCUUUGCGAAAACCUUCGAAGCAGCGCGGCGCCGGUCUCUCAGGAAAAACAGCAAGAAUUGGAGGGCCUCUUAGACGCAGGCAUACGCGGCGAGGAUUGCCUUUCAGGAGGCUAUUUUCAUCAAAUAUGCGAGGGCAGGCCACUUAGUGCAGCGUGGAAUAUGGUUCUUUUCACAAGCGAGAAACAUCCGACCACCAAAGAGCAGACCGCGCGGGCUCGUGACCUGCGGCACCUGGCCUGCUCUAAGUGCCUGGAACAAGUGACUGGUGGCAAUGAGACGAUGUAUAGCAACCUAAGUGAGGAGGAUCUUGCCACAUUAGAUAAAAAGCGAAAAACCCGGAUGGCCAGCAAACUGAAGCAGCAUGCCCUUGACGUCCUUACUGAUGCGAGCAACCUUGGCAUCGGCUAUGUCUCGUGGCUACUCAACCCCGUUCAGGGCAGAACGAUUAAGACCUGCACGAACGUGCACCGGUUGCUUCAGUCACGUCCCGAACUGCGCCGGCGGCUUACCCAGGUCUUAGAUCACUUGGAGGUUGCUGUGCGUGCAAUGCAGCGGCCUGGUGCGACUGACGAGCUGGUGACGCUGGCAGAAGCUCACGAUACAGGGGGUGAUCAGACGGCAGCAGCAACAGCAGUGGUGGCGAGAGCUGGGGAAGGGUUCAACCCGGCAGCAGCAGCAGUGGGUACCAAUUUUCAUGAUAGCCCAUUGACAGCUGCUGUGGAGGGCGGGUUUAACCUCGUGGCAGCAGCAGCAGGUGCGAAUGGUCCCGAUAGAGGGGGUGGUCAGGCGGUAGCGGCAACCGCAGCAGCAGUGGUGCCAGGCCCGUCGGGGGCCAGCCCAUUGACAGCUGCUGUGGAGGGCGGGUUUAACCUCGUGGCAGCAGCAGCAGGUGCGAAUGCCCCCAAUAGAGGGGGUGGUCAGGCGGUAGCAGCAACCACAGCAGCAGUGGUGCCAGGCCCGUCGGGGGCCAGCCCAUUGACAGCUGCUGUGGAGGGCGGGUUUAACCUCGUGGCAGCAGCAGCAGGUGCGAAUGCCCCCAAUAGAGGGGGUGGUCAGGCGGUAGCGGCAACCGCAGCAGCAGUGGUGCCAGGCCCGUCGGGGGCCAGCCCGUCGACAGCUGCUGUGGAGGGCGGGUUUAACCUCGUGGCAGCAGCAGCAGGUGCGAAUGCCCCCAAUAGAGGGGGUGGUCAGGCGGUAGCGGCAACCGCAGCAGCAGUGGUGCCAGGCCCGCCGGGGGCCAGCCCGUCGACAGCUGCUGUGGAGGGCGGGUUUAACCUCGUGGCAGCAGCAGCAGCAGGUGCGAAUGCCCCCAAUAGAGGGGGUGGUCAGGCGGUAGCGGCAACCGCAGCAGCAGUGGUGCCAGGCCCGUCGGGGGCCAGCCCGUCGACAGCUGCUGUGGAGGGCGGGUUUAACCUCGUGGCAGCAGCAGCAGCAGGUGCGAAUGCCCCCAAUAGAGGGGGUGGUCAGGCGGUAGCGGCAACCGCAGCAGCAGUGGUGCCAGGCCCGUCGGGGGCCAGCCCGUCGACAGCUGCUGUGGAGGGCGGGCUUAACCUCGUGGCAGCAGCAGGUGCAGGUGCUCAUGAUACCUCAAUACGGCCUAAGCAAGGGGGCCGACAGCACCGCAGUUUUCAGCAAGCAGAAAUUGUUCUUCCCUUAAACCUGGAGGGGCUUCGGAAGGCUGUUGAGUGCAGAGAGCUGGACCUAUUUGACAAGAAGCAAUUACAGCAGAUAAAGCAUGCAGUCAUGCGGGCGCAUGACACAGUGUCUACCAGGGCAACACUGUUGUCCCAGCUGAAGCGAGUUGCAGCAGGGGAGGGCAUCACUGUCAAUGUGUCGCGGACUCUUGGCAUUGUCAUGGGCGCCCGCAGUGGACAGCGAGGCCAAGGUGCAGGACAAGCUGGGAGCCGUGGCCGCCCUGCAAAACUGCAACUAUCUGACUCGCAAUCCUCCCUGCUUGUAAGGAUUUUUGAGAGGUUCAACUCAUCCCGGUCCAACCUAGACAUCAUCUUGGGCCGCAUGCGUGUUGGGGGCCCGAACGGAGCAGGCCCCGAGGAGACAGUCCACAAUGGUGUGCAGCACCUCGAUGAUCAGCCGCCAGGCGUGGAAAUGAGUGAGCAGCAGCUGUCCAGGGAACUUCAGAAGCGUGCCCUGAAGUUCAAGGUGCUGACGAAGAACCAGGAGGUGCAACUCGCUGACUUGUACAAGCGGUUUGAAAACCAGCCCAAGCAUGACAGGUAUAUACUGGUGGCAACAAUGCUGCCGGGCUGCUGGAAUGCAAAGGCGGUCAAGCGCUUGCUCAUUAAGCAUGGCCUCGAAGCACGUCGGUGCACGGAGCCAAAGGACACAUGGUCGAUGUAA